UAAGAAAUGCAAACGGGGUCACGGCGCUCAUUACUAUAGAAUUUUUUUUCUUAGCCUUACCCAAAAUUCUCACUUUCCCAUCUCUUUUUCAUCAAAUUCUUGGGCUUGUGGAGCUCCAUUUUGCCCAAAGUUUUCAGCUUUCAGGUUGUUAACAAGAUUCCCUGCUUUGCUUUUUGAGGUAUGGGGAGAGAAUAUUAAUUUGGAGUUAAAACACUUUUUUUUAGGAUACUUAUUUCAUCUAGAGCCUAAAAAUAGAAAGCUGGAAUCAAAGGUGUGGACUUGUGGUUUGUAUCCAAGAUAGAAAUAAGAAAUCUGUCAUCUAACAGGAAAAAUAGUGCAUUCCCUUUGGGGAUUUGUUGUGCUAUUUGAGGACUGGGUGUUUAGGGCAAUGAAUUUUGCAAAGGAAAUUAGAAAUUAGGGAUUAGGAUUUAGGAAUUAGGAAUUAGGAUAUCCUAUUGAAAGAGUGUUUUGGAUUGAUUGAGUUGUUGUGAGUGAAUGGAUGACACUGAGGAUGAUGCUAGGUAUCCUCCGAACACUUGUAGGGCGAGCGAUGAUUACGGUUCAUCUGAUAAUCAGAAGCGCCCCGCGUGGAGUGGCCCGGACCCUAGACAUGUAGGCGAUCAGUAUGGCGAGGAUGAGCAGGACGACGAGGAUUCUGAUGAUGAAGCGGAGUAUGAUGAUAAUAUGGGAAAUGGGGUUCAGCCGAUUGUUAAGGAUGAGGAUAGUGACAGUGAUGACGAGGAUGACUAUGAUACCGACUCUGGUGAUACACAGAAGAAUCAGAAGAAGAGGAAGCUGAAGAGCUUGUUAUCUAGUUACGAGUUUGUGCCCCGAGCACCAGCUGCCGCUGCUGGAGUUGCGCCGCCAAAGCCAUCAGUUGGUGGGCGGAAUCCACUUGCGGACUGGUCCGAGCACGAGACGUUCAUUUUGCUGGACGCUUGGGGCGAUAGGUUUCUUAAACAAGGGAGGAAAAGCCUGCGGUCGGAGGAGUGGCAAGAAGUCGCAAAAAAGGUGUCACAAGAGUCCAAAAUCAAGCGGACGGAUACGCAAUGUAGGAACCGUUUAGAUACCCUAAAGAAGAAAUACAAAAAGGAAAAGAUGAAGUUAGCGGAGACUAGAAGCGUGACAGGUAGGUGGGUAUACUUUAGAAAGAUGGAUUUGUUAUUGUCGUCAAACCUGUCGUCAAACCAGCAGCAACAAGGCCUUUCUUGUGGGGUGGACUCGGGAGAAUAUGUCUUCACAAACCCCAAAUCUCAUCUAAGCCGAGCUAAUGAAUUGGAUGAGAUGAGGGAUAGCCCAGGGAUCUCGGUAUCUGCUGACGCAGAGGACAAUUCAGAGGGUCUUCCUCCGAAAAGAACGAAAAAGGGAAAAACGGGAGCUGAUGGAUCUUCCUUCAAAUUACUGGCGGACUCUAUUCAUAAAUUUAGCGAGAUAUACGAGAAGAUUGAGGACAGCAAGAGGCAACAAAUGCUGGAAUUGGAGAAAAUGAGGAUGGACUUCCACCGAGAAUUGGAAGCACAAAAGCGGCAGAUUCUGGAGAGAGCCAAGGCCGAAAUUGCUAAAAUCCGGCAAGGUGAUUACGAAGAGAACAACGGUUCUGCUGAGAACGCUAGUGGUUGAUGUAUCUGAACUCCGAUAUUGUUUGAAAUGUAGUAUGUAGGCUGCUAGCCAUUACUGUAUCAUACAUGAGAAUUGGGAUGCAAUUGCUUGCAUUUGCUGCUCGGACUACUCCUCAGAGGGCAAUGUAAAAUUAACAUGUUGUAAGAAUUAAUUGCAGUGUUACCUAAAAUAGCAUGAGUAGUAAUACAAAUUAAUGUUGUAAGAGUUAUAUUUGUGCUAAAUUUCUUGAUU